AGGAUCCAGUGUUUUUUGCCAUUUCAGCGGAUUUUAAAUUUAAAUUAUGCAACGUUAGCUGUUAUUCAGAUUUUAAAACCCGGAAAAUUAUAAACAAAAAUAAAAUAACUUUCAUAUUGAAAUUGCUGAAAAGACUGGCAAGAUGUUGAACGCAUACAACAUGGACUCGACCACGCCCCCUAUCCUUUUCCACGCCACCUCCCGCCGAAAGGAGAAGGAAUUUUGGGAGACCAUCAAAACACACCUCACAUAUAAAGGGUUUUAUGACAAGUUACCGACGCCGCGUCUGUUACGGGAGGCUAUGGACGAGUACCGGAGCAUCCGGUUGGAGCCGCCCCUGGACGCUACGGGAAAACCACUGCCCUACCCCGCCAUGACGUCUAAGAGGGACAUCGUCGACGUGGAGACUAUAGAUACCAUCGACGCGCACGCGCUCGGGGCGCCGCGCGUUCUGGCGUACGAGGACAUGUACAAGUUGGUCAAGUACUUGACAGGUGAGUGCAGCACAGACGUGGAGCGGCUCCGGGCCAUUUUCCGCUGGAUUGCCUCUCAGAACCUCAAACAGUGGCACGACGAGGUCUCCUUCAACAGGGAUUCUGCCGCCUACUACUUAGCACGUAUCCGGGCAAAGAAGGCGAACCAUAACCAACUCCUACAGCGCAUGUGCAGCUUGGCGAACAUUUACUGUGUAAAGAUCAGGGGGUACGUGAAAGGUGUGGACUACGGAUUGGGACAGGAGCUGACAGACUGCGACUCAACAUGGACGGCCGUGCUCGUGGAUGGCGCCUGGCGUCUCCUCGAUGUAUACUGGGCCACGUGCCACCGCGUGCACUCCGGGGAUAGCUCCUGGGAGCUCAUUGACGACGGACAGAGCGACAUAUCGUCCCUGGCGUCCAUGUCCUCAACACCACGGGGAAUGCCCAAGGUCUCCAAGACCGAAUACGCAUACAAUGACUAUUACUUUCUAACAGACCCGGAGCAAUUUAUCUACUCCCACUUCCCCGUCGACGAAAAGUGGCAGCUGCUGGCGCGACCAGUGACUCUGGAAGAGGCGAAGCGGAUGUCGCUUUUGAAACGUAACUUCUUCAGCCUGGGCAUGGACAUAAUCUCGCAUCCGUGUUACGUAGUGGAGUGCGAAUACGGCGAGGAGCAAAUCACUUUCUCCACGCCCGCCGACGUCAAGGUCAACUACAAGUACGAGCUUUACGUGGAAUCGGACAGUGACAGCGUGGACGAGCUGCAGAACCUGAGCCUGGACCGGUACGUCUUGCUGGAGAAGGUCACCAAGGAGAAUCUGCUCAACGUGAAGAUGAGGUUUCCCGCAGUCGGCAAAUACAAGCUUAAGAUUCUCGCCAAGGAGACCGACGAGCGCUCAUAUUAUUACACUGUCACAUACAUCAUAGACGUGCUCAGGCCGAUGCAGAACUGCAGGCCACUGCCCAAAAACGAGCGCGGGGAGUGGGGCCCUGGCCUGGACACACAGGAAUUGGGGCUCGACCCCAUCACUCACGACACGGGCGAAGUCCCGGCGGAAGACGGCAAGGCUGAAGUGAGAUUCGGAAUGACUAAACCGGUCGAAUUUAAACACAAACUGGUUACCACGGAUGACCAGGAACUGCCCCACAGAGUAAUCCACCGCGUAGAGAAUGAAGAGGCGGUCUUCAACAUCCGAGUUCCUGACGAAGGGGAAUAUGCCUUUAACGUGUAUGCUAAAGAAGCUGGAGCACAUGGGGAGUUCCCGAACGUUUGCAACUAUCUACUGAAGUGUGACGAGGAGCCGGACGACAAGCAAGCGUUCCCGGACGUGGCUGGUGACCAGCUUGGUCCAACAGCAGCUUUCAGGCAGCUUGGAAUGCAGAAUGUAUCACUGAUGCCGGCGCUCAUGCUCGCUCCUGUUACAGGCGAGGUCACGCUACAAUUCAAACUGUCGAGGCCCGCUGUGUUUUUACCGGAACUGUUGCUUCAUAAUGAGGAUGGAAGUAAGACGGACUUCUCCGAGUACACGAUGUGGGACAUUCUGGGAGGUGUAGCCACCUUCUACAUCACCAUCCCCCGCGUUGGCAUGUAUAGCAUGGCCAUACGGGCAAAACCGUCCGUCGAUGCUGAACACUUUACCCCUAUAUUCCACUCCAUCAUCGAUGCUAUAAUUCCAAAGAAACAGUGCCUUCCGUGUCCCCAACAGUCUAUUGACUGGCCGGCUGAGUGCCACGUGGUCAAACCUCUCACUGGCGUCAUUGCUGCACGUGAACUUGUUCACUUCGAGAUCGACUUCCCGAAGGCGACGGAACUGGUGGCGACGAGCGGGAACGGAUCAAAGCUACUGAAGAAGAACGCGAACGGUCUCUGGGAGGGCGAGGUGCUGUCCGGAAACGAGGACUCUGUUAUCACCAUUUCCGUCAGGCAAAGCGGCGUGGACGACUACCACUACAUACUCACAUACAAGGUGAUAGACCGUGACGAGAUUGUGGGUGAGCGGCUGCGGCAGCUGGACAGGUAUAAGGACGCCGUUGUCCGUGCGGAGGCGCUCAGGGAUGCCGGCAAGCUCCCGAGCAACUUCGACUGGUCAAAAAUCGAGAAUGAUGAAGACAUGGAGGAACUGAUCGAGGUUUGGGAGAACACGAAAUGCACGCAGACGGUUUUGACGCUCCUCACGGCCGACCUGCAGCUGACCAGCCAGUACCUCUACUAUGGAGAGUAGCCACUUCCGGUCGUGUGACAUGGCCACUUCCGGCCAACAACUUGGAGCUUAAAUUGUUGACUUUAUACUGUCAUAGGGAAAAAGACUAGCAAUUUUCUUUGAGAUUAGCAAACUGGUGGAUGCUAGCGAUGGAGUUCUAGUAUCUAUAAUCAGAACUGAACCAGAACACUAUUCACCAAAAUUAACGCCGUGUUUAGUUGUUAUUGACGUUUACAAGGACAUUUCUAUUUUUGUUGGCAGCAUUGUUUGUGUUAAAUGCAUUGCAAAACACGAUACCAUGCAUGAUAUUAUCUGAAUAUUAAUCAUUUCACAAUCAUUGCGUUACCGACCACAUAUGCACAUACUUUUACAUUUUACAUGGAUUUGUUUGCAUUGUUUUAUGUUAUGUUUUGUUAGUUGUCUACCCUUGAUGAUUAUUUCUCACGGCAAGAGUUUUUUUGGCUUAUCUGUGAUAUUAUUUAUAUAUUUUAGACAUGUGAUAGAUCUAUGUGUAUUCCGGUUGUAAUUUAGUUGUUUUGUUGUGCAUAAAACAAAAAUGAACACCAAACACGA